AUGUUCGGUUCCAAUCCCCGUGCUCAAUCCUCUACCGCCACCAGACGAUUGAUGAAAGAAUACCGAGACAUCACAGCCGAUCCAUUACAAGACUCCAUAACUGCUGGACCUAUAUCAGAGGAUAAUAUGUUAGAAUGGGAAGCUUUGAUACAAGGACCGGAAGGUACUCCUUAUGAAGGAGGUAUUUUCUCUGCUAAACUUAUAUUCCCCCCUGACUAUCCUCUCAAUCCAUUCAAGAUGAUAUUCGAACCUCCCCUCUUACACCCUAAUAUAUACCCAAAUGGCGAAGUCUGCAUAUCUAUCUUACAUGCACCUGGUGACGAUCCGUUGAGGUACGAAUCUGCUUCUGAACGAUGGUCACCCGUACAAGGAGUUAGAAGCGUUUUGCUUAGCGUAUUGAGCAUGUUGGCUGAACCCAACAUUGAAAGUGGAGCAAAUGUCGAGUGCUGUAAAUUAUACAGAGAUGAUAAACAAGAAUUCGAAAGACAAGUCAGAGAACAAGUCAAAAGCUUAUUGGGUAUAACAGAAAAUACAGAAUAA